GAGUGACACAUUCAUUUAACUCGAGUAAGCAUCCAGUCAAGACUCAAGACUCAAGAGUCACCCGGUAAAUCAUCCUCAAUUCAGACAAAACCCUAACUAUUCUCAUGGCCGCGAACACCACCACCACCACAAAAUCAACCACGCCCGACAAGACCAAGAAAGCCAAUCUGCUAGAUCACCACUCCAUCAAACACAUCCUCGAUGAAUCUGUGUCCGAGAUCGUGACUGGGCGUGGGUACACCGAGGAUGUCAGAUUGAGUAACAUUCGGUUGUUGAUUGGCGUGAUUAUUAUUGUCAUUGCGCUGUUUGCUCAGUUCUACAACAAGAAGUUCCCCGAUAACAAGGAUUUCCUCAUUGGCUGUAUCGGAUUAUAUGUCGUAUUUAAUGCGAUUUUGCAGCUGAUCAUAUACACAAAGGAAAAGAACGCAAUUCUAUUUACCUAUCCUCCUGUUGGAUCUUUUAACAGCACUGGCUUGAUAGUUUCAUCCAAGUUACCAAGAUUCUCUGAUAUGUAUACUCUUAACAUAGCAAGUGCGGACCCCCAAUCCAUAUCAGCUAGGCCCACAGUGGAACUCACCAAAAGUGUCACUCAAUGGUUCACCAAGGAAGGAGUUCUGGUGGAGGGUCUGUUCUGGAAAGAUGUCGAAGGACUAAUAAAUGACUAUGCUAAAGAACCUAAAAAGGGCAAGUGAAGCCCAAGAUUCCAACCAUAGAAUCUGAUAGUGGAGGGUAAAGAGACAAGACGGAGCUAGAGUAAUUAAUCUUUAAAGACUGGUGUAUGCUCAUUAAAACUUAAUUUGAUGAAUUUUACAUGGAAUUUCCGGGAUCAUUAUUCCUGAAAAAGGAUACAAGCUUGCUGGUUUUCCUUAUAUUUUGCCAAAAUUAUGAAAUCAAUCAACUUUAGAAUGA